AUGCCCUCCGUCAGGGAGCUGAUGCGGCAGGAGAAGCUGCGGCGGCAGCAGCAGCGGGAAGCAGCUGAGCGGGCGAAGGCAGCAGCAGCAGCAAAAGCAGCAGCAGAGGCAGCAGCAGCAGCAGAAGCCGAAGCAGCAGCAGCAGCAGCAGCAGCAGCUGCUGCUGCUGCUGCUGCUCCCAAGCAGCCAGAAGCUCCGUCUCAGGUGCUGCAGGGAUACAGCGAUGAGGAAGAAGAACUUUCAGAAAAAAAAGAAAAAGAAGAAAAAGAAGAAAAAGAAAAAAAUGAAUUUAAUGGAAUUGAUGGACUUCCUCCAGACUUCUUUGAUGAUCCCGAAGAGGCAGCUCGUGCUGCGCAGCAGCAAGACAGCGAACCCCCAACGCCCGAAGCAGCAGCAGCAGCAGCAGCAGCAGCAGCAGAGGAGGACGACAGCGAGGAAGUGCUGGGCUACGAAAUUGAAGAGCCAGAUGAGUCGCUGCUGCAGCCGCUGGUGGCCGAUGUGACAGAAGAUACAGAAGCAGGUGCUGCUGCUGCUGCUGCUGCUCCUGCUGAAGCAGCAGCAGCAGGAGAAGCAGCAGCAGCAGGAGCGGCAGAAGCAGCGUCUGCAGCAGCGGAUGCGGCAGCCGGAGCAGCAGCUGGACCUGCAGCAGCGGAUACAGCCGCUGCCGCCGCAGCAGCUCCUGCAGCAGCAGCUGCAGCAAAAGAAGAGCCCCAGCAGGCAGCAGCAGCAGCAGCAGCAGAGGAGGACGCAGCAGCAGCAGCAGCAACUUCUUUCAUCGUGAGCAGCUUAGAGCUUUCCACGGCUAUUGAUGAGUCGCGCUGGUACAGUCCCUUCUCGACGGCCCUCCACAGCGAGGUUCUGGUGGAGGAGGAGCGCAUACAGCAGCAGGAGCGUCGGGCGCAGGAGGUGGCGCGGCUGCGGAGCGAAGCAGCAGCAGCAGCAGCAGCAGCAGCAGAAGCUGCAGCGAAGGGGAAGAGGAAGCGCAAGGCCCAGCAGCAGCAGCAGCAGCAGCAGCAGCAGCAGGGCGAGCUGCCGUGGGGCUUCUUCGACGACUUCGACAAAGACGCAGCAGCAAGAGGGGAAGUGGGGCCUUCGGAGCUGCUGCGGCAGCAGCAGCAGCUAAAUGAAAAGAAGCGGCAGCUAGUAGCAGAUAUUAAAGAAGGCAAACAAGAAGCAGCACAAGUGCAGCAAGACAUAAAAGCUUUUGUGGGCCAAGUGCUGCUGCUGCAGGCCGAGCAGCAGCAAAUCGAGAAGCAGCUCCACGCCCUCAAGCAGCGCGCCCUCGCCCUCAAGCAGCAGCAGCAGCAGCAGCAGCAGCCGAAGCAGUGCAAGACCGAGCCGGCUGACCAGGGCGGCAGCGCUGCUGCUGCAGCAGCAGCAGCAGCAGCAGUGAAGGAAGAGAAGCAGCAGCAAAUGGAGGCAGCAGCAGAAGAGGAGUCCAGCGACGCAGACUCCGACGCAGACGAUGACACAACAUGGCGCAGCAAAUGUCUUGCGUGA